AUGUACCCAACCAAUUUCCAAUUCCAGAAUCAACGACCUGUAAAACACAGAUUCCACGCAGGAUCAACAACACAAUUCAAACAUUUAAGCCUUAACGACUGCAUCCCAAAACUAACGUCUGUAACACCAACAGACCUAACGACUGUGCCCACAAUACAACCUUCAACAACUUCAGAUCCAACGACUGUACAACCAACAAAUUCAACAACAGGACCAACAACACAACCUGCUACAACUUUAGAUCCAACGACUGUAACACCAACAGAGCCAACGACAGGAUCAACAACACAACCUACAACCACUCUAGCCUCAACGACUGCAUCACCAACUGAUCUAACGACAGUACCAAUAUUACAAUCAACAGCAAUUUUAGCACUAACGGCUGUACCAGCAACAGAUCCAACGACAGUACCUACAAUACUACCUUCAACAACUUUAGAUACAACCACCGUAACACCAACAGAUCCAACGACAGUAACAACAAUACUACCUUCAACAACUUCAGAACAAACGACUGUAACACCAACAGAUCCAACAACUGUAAUAUCAACAGAUCCAACGACUGUACAACCAACAUACUCAACAACGGGACCAACAACACAACCUACUACAACUUUAGAUCCAACGACUGUACCAACAACACAAUCUUCAACAAAUUCAGAAUUAACGACUGUAACACCAACAGAUCCAACGACAGGAUCAACAACACAACCUUCAACCACUUUAGCCUCAACGACUGCAUCACCAACUGAUCUAACGACAGUACCAGUAUUACAAUCAACAGCAAUUUUAGCACUAACAGCUGUACCAGCAACAGAUCCAACGACUAUUCCUACAACACUACCUUCAACAACUUCAGAACCAACGACUGUAAUACCAACAGAUCCAACGACAGGAUCAACAACAGAUCCAACAACAGUACCAACAACACAACCUUCAACAACUUCAGAACCAACGACUGUAACACCAACAGAUCCAACGACAGGAUCAACAACAGAUCCAACAACAGUACCAACAACAGUACCAACAACACAACCUUCAACAACUUCACAACUAACGACUGUAAUACCAACAGAUCUAACGACUGUGCCAACAAUACAACCUUCAACAACUUCAGAUCCAACGACUGUACAACCAACAGAUUCAACAACAGGACCAACAACACAACCUGCUACAACUUUAGAUCCAACGACUGUAACACCAACAGAUCUAACGACAGGAUCAACAACACAACCUUCAACCACUUUAGCCUCAACGACUGCAUCACCAACUGAUCUAUCGACAGUACCAGGAUUACAAUCAACAGCAAUUUUAGCACUAACAGCUGUACCAGCAACAGAUCCAACGACUAUUCCUACAACACUACCUUCAACAACUUCAGAACCAACGACUGUAACACCAACAGAUCAUCCAACGACUGUACAACCAACAGAUUCAACAACAGGACCAACAACACAAUCUGCUACAACUUUAGAUCCAACGACUGUAAUACCAACAGAUCUAACGACAGGAUCAACAACACAACCUUCAACCACUUUAGACUCAACGACUGCAUCACCAACUGAUCUAUCGACAGUACCAGUAUUACAAUCAACAGCAAUUUUAGCACUAACAGCUGUACCAGCAACAGAUCCAAUGACUAUUCCUACAACACUACCUUCAACAACUUCAGAACCAACGACUGUAACACCAACAGAUCCAACGACAGGAUCAACAACAGAUCCGACAACAGUACCAACAACACAACCUUCAACAACUUCAGAACCAACGACUGUAACACCAACAGAUCCAACAACUGUAAUAUCAACAGAUCCAACGACUGUACAACCAACAGACUCAACAACGGGACCAACAACACAACCUACUACAACUUUAGAUCCAACGACUGUAACACCAACAGAUCUAACGACAGGAUCAACAACACAACCUUCAACCACUUUAGCUUCAACGACUGCAUCACCAACUGAUCUAACGACAGUACCAGUAUUACAUUCAACAGCAAUUUUAGCACUAACAGCUGUACCAGCAACAGAUCCAACGACUAUUCCUACAACACUACCUUCAACAACUUCAGAACCAACGACUGUAACACCAACAGAUCCA